ACGUGAUAUUUCCUUGGAAAUUUCCCCAAUUUCCCAAUCGUUAUUUUGACGACACAUCUGUAUUAUUUGUUUCGUUUUGCUUUGUUUCAUCCUAUGAAGCAAACAUCUUGUCACUCAUCAAUUUUUGUCUAGCACACCCCCUUCGACAGACUACCUGUCAGAUUCAUUUCCAAGCAAAACAAUGGGAAACAAACACAGUCAUGACGAAUCGGAUGGAGACGAUAGAAGUCAUUUAGGGACGCUGCGAGAUUUCCUGAAAGCUAAGACACCUAUUUUGUCACCUUCUGGUAAGCGAAACAACAAAGAAGAUGCAGGUGAUCAUGCUCAUCAAGCAAGCAACAACUCUUCAAACCUGAGUGAAAAAGUGCCUGUUGAGAAGCAAGCAAGCAUAGAUUCAUCCUUUUCUGAAUCAGCACUGUCUUCCAGUUCUAAACCAGAUGGAAUUACAAAGCUUGCCAAGGAGCUCAUGAUUCGAUCUCAGCUUCAAGAGACAAAGGAUGGAAUAUCCCUUUCCACUUUUUCUAAAUAUGUGUGCCACGGCUGUGUCUUUUUAGGUCAAGCACUCUUCAGAGAGUUCUCGAAGUUGGGAAAGAGCGCUAAGAAAUCAACCACUAAACAAACACUUUCUAAAGAACAGUUUGUCACUGGUUCACAAAAGAUAGUUCAACUCAUUGGAGAAGAACCAAUGCUCACUUUUUAUGUUCAGAUUUUUGCUAGUGAUGAUGAUCUGUUGAACCAUGAUGAUGUUAAUAAGUUUUUUCAAUCUUGUUACCACCUUUCAUUGGGUAGUACGACUUGUACGGGCCACAGUGAUGAAGUGAUACAAAUGGUUAUCACCGCCAUGUUUCACGGCAAGAGCACUUUAAGCUCAAAAUACGUCGUCCAUUGGGUGCAGGAAAAUUGCCUUCGGGUUGUGACGUGGAUGCAUCGUCACCUUGUCCAUCGUUUGACCGUAGGCUUCCGUGUUUUACAGCAAAAUCGAGAAGCUAAAGUAGAAGUCGAGCAUGAUACAGAUCUCGCCACUAAUAUCGAAACACCUGUGUUGGCUACGAUUCGUCGAGAAAGUUUCUCGAUUUUUUCUGGCAGUCCGGUCUCUGCUGUUGGAGCCGAUUUUUCCCUUCAACGGCAGCCAAAUCAAUCUCAAGCUGAUAUUGAACAGGUGAUUUCAGAAACACGGCUUCACCCAAUGCAAAUCUGGCUGCUAGGAUGCACCCUUCCGGUGGUCUAUACUCGUCCGACUCCUACACUUCCUAGCUCCCCAUCCAUCAAUGGGAUUGUAUUGAUGGAUCCACACACGUUCAUUUCCCGAAUGAUUGCUUCACAUAGCCCUUCAAAUUGGGCGACGUUGUACAAUAGUGAUAACGACGGAUUGUCAUUAAACCGGUUUGAGCACCACGUAAUGGGCUACCGUGGGCCUACCGUCUCUUUCCUGUAUGCUGAGGGCAAUCGCAUUUUUUGUUUGGCCGUUGACCUCGCGUGGAAGGAAUCGAUUCAGUUUUGGGGAACACCUAAUACCAUCAUCGUCCAAUUGACCCCCGAGUAUAAGGUGCUUGAUCGCGGUGAAAGCAUGAUGUACUACAACACUUCGGUUCGUGGAUAUCCUUUUGGUAUUCAAGUGGGGACCGAUCAUCGCCAUCCUUGCCUUGAAAUCGAUAAGGAAUUUUCACGGCUUAACUACCGAAAAAUUCCGUACGCUUUAGAAGCCAUUCAGGUGUGGGGUUGUGGUACUAGCCAACAGAGAGAGUCUCAGCUGGAACAUAAGAAAUGGGAAUUGAAGCAGGUAGAGAAGAGCCGUAACGUUAAACUUUCCGCUGUAGACUGGAACGAUCAUCCUGAUAAAUGCCUUCUCGAGAUGGCUUCCCACAGGCCAAACUAUUCUCAAUUUGGGAAUGCGUGAUAAGUGGAGAAAAAACUGACGUGCGCACAUUGCGGAGGAUUCCAAAUUUCGCAAACCUUUCCAAUGUCCUACCUAUUUCUUUCCUUUUUUUUUUAAUUUGAAAAUAUUUCUAAUAUCUAUUAAACGAGAAUUGAGAUAAGCUA